AUGGCUUUGAUGUACGCGCGCAGGGAAAAGACACAUAUAAAACGCCGUCAUUAUGGAGGAUACGGUAUUCCCUAUUCGCCUGCGACCGCUCCAGUUGUUACACGGACGAUACAUGAGCCCGAACCAGUAUGGGGACCGGAACCAGAACGCGUAGUGGUUGUUGUCCAUCAUCACCACCACCACCGCCCUCCUCCUCCGCCUCCUCCACCACCGCCACCUCCGCCGCCACCACCUCCUCCACCGCCACCACCGCCACCACCUCCACCACCUCCUCCACCGCCACCACCACCCCCUCCGCCUCCACCACCGCCUCCACCACCUCCUCCACCGCCACCACCACCGCCACCACCUCCACCACCUCCUCCACCGCCACCACCACCGCCACCACCUCCACCACCUCCACGAAAGCAGCGUCAAGAUUCAGAAAGAUACGGUGUUCCUGACCUGAGAACCUUUACAACAACAAGACCAAUAAUACAGGAAGCAAGUCCUGCAUGGGUUGCAGAACCGAUGCAAGAAGCAGCCCCUAUAUGGAUUGAAGAGGCAGAUGAAGGAUCAGAUGAGGGAUCAGACGAAGAACAUGGGGAGCCAAAUCGCAUGGUUUUUCUCGUCCAGCAGCCUAAACCACAAUCACCAUUACUAUACCCAAUUCAUCCGCCUUCAACCGUUCCUUUUUAUUCUCCUACAGUUCACUACGUUCCUCCACUUCCUUACUGUUGUCUGUUAAGCCCCUACCCCUUACUCCCUUACUACUGA